UGGCAUGCACAUCACUAGUUAUCAGUGCGGGUAAAAGCGCAACGAUUGUGUGACGUCAUAAAGUGCCGUUCGCCUCAAUUGUGAAUCUUGGAAGACGCUCAUCCUGCUAUCAGAAUGCCAAAACAAAAUUGAGGACAAAGAAAACAAACAAGGAUAAGAUGGAGGACCAAACGGGGAAGCAGGAGGAAACUGAAUUCCCCCGUAUUUACGUGGAAAGAACUUUGGCCAUUAUUAAGCCAAAUGCGAUUCACAAAAGUGUGGAGAUUGAAGACAUCAUUUUGACAUCGGGCUUUACUAUUUUACAGAAGAGGAAACUUCAGUUGAGUCCAGAACAGUCCAGUGACUUCUACACGGAACAUCAUGGAAAACUAGCCUUUCCCAAACUCACAGCAUACAUGAGCUCCGGUCCAAUCAUUGCUUUGACUCUGGCUCGAGACAACGCAAUAGGCCACUGGAAGGCCAUCAUUGGACCAGCCAAGUUCACAGAAAGUCACCCAGAAUGCCUUCGAGCAAAGUAUGCUACGUCUGAGCUGGAAAACGCUCUUCAUGGCAGCGAGUCAUUUCAUGUGGCGGAGCGCGAGAUCAAAUUCAUGUUCCCAAACACUCUAACUCUUCCCACAAGAGAGGAAACAGAAGAAUACCUGAGUCGUUAUGUGAACCAAACUUUGCUACAAGGACUCACUGAGCUCUGCAAGCACAAACCACUCAACCCUUGUGUUUGGCUUGCUGAGUGGCUCAUCAAAAACAAUCCAAACAAACCUCAAAUAUGUGAUGGAACUGUUGUAGAAGAAGCAGAAUGACAUCAGGGAAAAAGAGCAAAGAAAAAAAAACAUGAUAUUGCGAUACAUCAAUCAUAUUUAAAGAGGAAAUGCUUGUCUUUGCAGUGUGUUCAAUGCAGUCCCAUUAGUAUAAAAACACACAGAGCAUUCUGAUUGGAUGGAAUUAAGCAGGAAAAUCCACUCAUUUUUUAGGGUGUGGCCAUUUUGCCACAAACAUGACAUCAGUUACUCAGGGCUCAGGUAACAACCAAGCACGGCUCAGCUUGCAAAAUUCGCAUGACCAAACGAAAAAUCCUGAGCCUUAAUUGGUUCUUACCUGAGCCCUGAGCAACUGAUAUGUCAUUUUCAGACAAAAGCAGGUGCCAAAAUGGCCCUGAAAUGGAUGAAAAUAGCGGAAUUUUGCUGCUUAAUUCAUAUUCGACGAAUGUAAUAUUAAUUAAAAAACGUGUAGUUUUACCACAUAGAGCAUAUUUUUUUAAAAAUGUUUCACUUAUAAUAAUAUUGACAACUGUACUUCCAAUGCAAGUGAUAAUACUACUUUUAGAAACAGGUAAAAUCAGUUAUUCAAUCUGAUCUCAGUAACUUUUGUGUUAAAGUGUAAUCUGUUAUCAUUUAAAAAACUGAAGUAUUAAAAAUGAAAACGUGACAUGAGUUUAAGUCAUUGCACUAAGGUAGUUGCUGUUAAAAUUCUAUGAACAGUACAAAAACAAAGACAAACUUUGACUGUAAAUACAGUUUCUAUGAAUAUUCAAA